UGACAAUAAAGGCCAUUGAAUAUAAGUACGUCCCCUGGAGAUUUUAUAUUACACCUCAUCUUUAAUUCACGUAUCCUCCUACACACUAAAGAAUGGUAUAAAUAUUUCCCGCACUGUCAGACCGUGGACAUUUGGCUCAGCUGCGUGAACAAUACUCCAAACAACGAACCUUCGAACUGAGACACUGAACCUGUAACUCUCAGCCGCCUUAGUCCUGCUCGCCUCGCCACUGCCGCGUGGUUACGUCAAGACAGCGGGCGGCCGCGUACUAGUUUCCUUAGUACUUGUGCGUACGUGUCAAUACCGUGUGCUGUAAACUGCUGAACGAACUGAGAUACUCAUUCAGUUUUGGUCGCCUCUCCAUUAUCUCGUGGUGACGUAAAGGUGACGGCCCGUGUGUUAGUUUUCCCGGUAAUUGUGCCUCCGUAACAUUACUGUGUGCAGUGGUCGUGAGAACUGCGAGGCGGCGGUGCAGACUGUGCCGUGGAGAGCCGCGGGGGUGUUGGAAUCGCCUGUUAGUCACCUUGAAGGCGUCAUAUUCCCUCCCUGCUCUUCCCCGUGUCUUCCUGUCGAUGUUGACAGGACCUGCGGGAGGGUGAAGAGCGCAAGGAGUUGACUGAUCCCAGCAUGCGGACGUGCCUGAAGCCUGACCCGAGCGGGGCGCGUCUCACUCUUGACCCAGCGCAAGGCUCCGACACCGCCACCUACAAGUGCCGGGUGGACUUUGAAAUGUCGUCCACCCGCUCCACCCUCGUCACCCUCACUGUGUACGUCGUGCCGUCGUGCCUGGUGCUCCUGGACACUGGAUGGAGUCCUGUCCACGGCGGGGUGUUGAGGUCACUGAUCGAGGGUGACCCGCUGACCCUGCAGUGCACCGCAUCGGGGGGUGAGUACUUACUGGGUGUACUAAGUGUGUGUUGGGUGUGUUAGGUGUGUAUUGGGUGUAGGGUCAGUGUUGGCUGCUGUACCUAAUAUUGCAUCACAUCUGAGGGUCAGUACAAUGUAACAUGUAUACUGGGUGUAUUAAAUGUGUGUUGUGUGUAAGGUCAGUGUUGCACCUUUACCUGGCCACACCCGCCCUUACCCUCCCUCACUUUCCCUCCAGCUCCUAUCGGGGUCAAUAGUGGCGAGUUGCCUUAAUUUCAGAGGUUAUCUUUUUUCCUGUUAUUUCUGCCCCUGACAAUUACU